CUGGCGGUAACCGCUGAGUGGCAGCAGCGCGCCGGGAGCCGCGCUGUUCCUGUCUUUGGCCGCAGGAAGAGGAAGAGCGUAAGCUACGGGUUUAAACCCAGGUCUUCAGCCAUGAGCAGUUCAGAGGAAGUGUCAUGGAUCUCCUGGUUCUGUGGACUAAGGGGAAAUGAAUUUUUCUGCGAGGUGGAUGAAGACUAUAUCCAGGACAAGUUCAACCUGACAGGACUCAAUGAGCAAGUCCCUCAUUACCGUCAGGCCCUCGACAUGAUUCUGGACCUUGAACCAGAUGAAGAACUGGAGGACAAUCCCAACCAGAGUGACCUGAUUGAGCAGGCGGCUGAGAUGCUUUAUGGCCUCAUCCACGCACGCUACAUCCUCACCAACCGAGGGAUCGCACAAAUGCUUGAGAAGUACCAGCAGGGAGAUUUCGGCUAUUGCCCCCGAGUCUAUUGUGAGAAUCAGCCAAUGCUUCCUAUCGGUUUGUCAGACAUCCCAGGAGAAGCCAUGGUGAAGUUGUAUUGUCCUAAAUGCAUGGACGUUUACACACCCAAGUCCUCCCGGCACCACCACACAGAUGGAGCAUAUUUCGGCACUGGCUUCCCGCACAUGCUCUUCAUGGUUCACCCAGAGUACAGACCCAAGAGGCCCGCCAACCAGUUUGUCCCAAGGCUGUACGGGUUUAAGAUCCACCCCAUGGCCUACCAGCUGCAGCUGCAAGCCGCCUCCAGCUUCAAGAGCCCCGUCAAAGCCAUCCGCUAGAGCCACCGGGACGGGGGAGGAGGAGGAAGAGGAAGAAUCUGAGAGAAGAGACAGGAAUGAAUCAUUGGGAGAGGGGUCGCCUGCCUUUUACAGAGCUGCUCAGAUGACCCCUCCCCACCAUGAGGACUGUAUUAUUUUGAUUUAGAUUAGCACAUAUGAGAAAAGUGUAAACAUUUGAGUGUGAGCGAGAUGUUAAAAACACACACACACACACACACAUGCAAUACACAAAAAACAGCCACACGUUCGGUUUACCAUCC